AUGACGACCUCGCCGGCCGCCGCCGCCGCCACUCCCUGCUUCGAACUCCGGUCCGCGGAGCGCGUGCCGGAGACGCACGCGUGGCCGGGGAUCGACGACCACCCGACGGUGAAGGCGGCGGCGGGGGGUGACGCGGUGCCGGUGGUGGACCUGGGCGGCGACCCGGACGUGGCGCGGGCGGCGGCGGGGCGCGCCGCCGAGGAGUGGGGCGCGUUCCUGCUCGUCGGCCACGGCGUGGCCGCGGGAGUGGCGGCGCGCGUGGAGGAGCAGGUCGCGCGCCUGUUCGCGCUCCCGGCGGCGGAGAAGGCCCGCGCGGGGCGCCGCCCUGGGGAGUUCAACGGCUACGGUAGGGCGCCCCGGCUCAACUUCUCCAAUCACAUGUGGUCCGAGGGGUACACGUUCCCGGCGGCCGCCGUCCGCGCCGAGUUCCGCCGCGUCUGGCCCGACGCCGGCGACGACUACCUCCGCUUCUGCGACGUGAUGGAGGAGCACCACGCGGAGAUGAGGGCUCUCGGCGUCAGGCUGCUCGACAUGCUCUUCGGGGCGCUCGGGCUCACCGACGCCCAGAUCGCCGCCGGCGAGACGGAGCGGGAGAUUCGCGAGACCUUGACGGCGACGACGCACCUUAACAUGUACCCCAGGUGUCCGCAGCCGGAGCGCGCGAUCGGGAUGGCGGCGCACACGGACUCGGGCUUCAUCACGAUCAUCUUGCAGAGCCCCGUGCCGGGGCUGCAGCUGCUCCGCCGGCAGCCCGACCGGUGGGUGACGGUGCCGGCGCCGCCGGGCGCGCUGGUGGUCGUGCUCGGCGACCUCUUCCAGGUGCUCACCAACGGCCGCUUCCGCAGCGCGCUCCACCGCGCCGUCGUCAACCGGGAGCGCGACCGGAUCUCCGUGCCCUACUUCCUCGGCCCGCCGGCCGACAUGAAGGUGGCGCCGCUCGCGGCCGCCGUGCCGCCGGGGACGAAGGCUGCGUUCCGAGGCGUGACGUGGCGGGAGUACCUGGAGAUCAGGGAGAAGCAGGCGAUCAGCGUGGACGCAUCGGUGAUGAAGAUGCUGCAGGUGGCGGAGGAAGAAGAAGAGGGUGGAGUGCCUCCUAAUAACUAGCUUGAACUCCCUCAAAAAUAAAAAUAGCUAGCUUCAAUAGAGAAUGUGAGAAUAAUGUAUAGGAGCUCGAAAAUUUCAAAGUUGGAACCUUAAAGGUUAAUGUGCAGUAUGAAUGAAAUGAAAU